AUGUGGGACGGAUCCAACAACCUCGCCAAUCUAGGAUAUACCCGCAAAUUGGUCACUCACAGGGCCAACUUCGUUGAUGCGGCCACGUUGGUCGACUAUCUUACCAAAUACCAUUGCCUUGACCCGUCCCAUAUUUGUUGUCUUGUUCUCGACGAAGCAGACGUCAUGAUCAAUCAGGCUGGAUAUACAGAACAGAGCACGCAAAUCUACAAGUAA